GGGAGCCGGGCUGGGCCCGCCGGCCUCGGCGGCGGUGGCGGGCGGGGCGAGAUGGGACCGGCUCUGUACGGCGGCGGCGGCGGCGGCAGUGGCCGGCGAGGUGGCUGAGGCGGCCGGACCAGGACCCGGGCGGCUUCGGGGCUCUCAGGAAUCCGAGAGCGCGCGGCGCGGGCAGUUCUCUGUGCGCCCUGCGGGGAGCCGGGGCCCCAGGCCGACCCGACACGAUGAACUACCUGAACGUGCUGGCCAAAGCCCUCUACGACAAUGUGGCCGAGUCCCCAGAUGAGCUCUCCUUCCGCAAGGGCGACAUCAUGACGGUGCUGGAGCGGGACACGCAGGGCCUAGAUGGCUGGUGGCUCUGCUCGCUGCACGGGCGCCAAGGCAUCGUGCCCGGGAACCGCCUCAAGAUCCUCGUGGGCAUGCAUGACAAGAAGCCCGUGGGGCCCGGCCCCGGCCCGCCCGCCAGCUCGGCCCUGCCUCAGCCCAGCCUCCACCCCCCGGCAGCCCAGUACACACCCAUGCUGCCUGCCACGUACCAGCCCCAGCCGGACAGUGUCUACCUGGUGCCCACCCCCAGCAAGACUCAGCAAGGCCUCUACCAAGCCCCUGGGCCCAGCCCACAGUUCCAGUCUCCCCCGGCCAAACAGACAGCCACGUUCUCCAAGCAGAUGCCCCAUCACCCGUUUCCCAGCCCAGCCCCAGACCUUUACCAGGUGCCCCCGGGGCCUGGCAGCCCUGCCCAGGACAUCUACCAGGUGCCGCCUUCCGCUGGGAUAGGACACGACAUCUACCAGGUGCCCCCAUCCAUGGAUGCACGGAGCUGGGAGGGGACGAAGCCACCAGCCAAGGUGGCGGUGUCCACCCGCGUGGGGCAAGGCUAUGUGUUCGAGGCCCCCCAGCCCGAGCAGGACGAGUACGACAUCCCACGCCACCUGCUGGCCCCGGGGCCCCAGGACAUCUACGACGUGCCCCCUGUUCGGGGGCUGCUCCCCAGCCAGUGCGGCCAGGAGGUAUAUGACACGCCCCCCAUGGCUGUCAAGGGUCCCAGUGGCCGGGACCCAUCGCUGGCCGUGUAUGAUGUGCCCCCCAGUGUGGAGAAGGGCCUGCCGCCAUCCAGCCUUCAUGCGGUGUAUGAUGUUCCUCCAUCGGUGAGCAAAGACGUGCCCGACGGCCCACUGCUGCGUGAGGAGACCUAUGACGUGCCCCCCGCCUUCGCCAAGGCCAAGCCCUUUGACCCGACCCGACACCCGCUGGUGCUCGCCGCACCCCCUCCGGACUCGCCACCAGCUGAGGACGUGUACGACGUGCCGCCCCCGGCUCCUGACCUCUACGACGUGCCCCCCGGUUUGCGGCGGCCUGGCCCAGGCACCCUCUACGACGUGCCCCGAGAGCGGGUCCUUCCUCCCGAGGCAGCCAACGGCAGCGUGGCCGACGACGGUGUAUACGCGGUGCCCCCCCCCGCCGAGCGAGAGGCCCCGGCCGACGCCAAGCGCCUGUCGGCCUCCAGCACGGGCAGCACACGCAGCAGCCAGUCGGCCUCCUCCCUGGAGGCGGCGGUGCCAGGCCGUGAGCCCCUGGAGCUGGAGGUGGCCGUGGAGGCCCUGGCACGGCUGCAGCAGGGCGUGAGCGCCACCGUGGCCCACCUCUUGGACCUGGCGGGCAGUGCGGGCGGGUGUGAGGGCUGGCGCAGCACCUCCGAGCCUCAGGAGCCUCCGGCACAGGACCUGCGGGCUGCCGUGGCCGCCGUCCAUGGGGCCGUCCACGAGCUGCUGGAGUUUGCCCGCAGCGCUGUGGGCAAUGCCGCCCACACUUCCGACCGCACGCUGCACGCCAAGCUUAGCCGGCAACUGCAGAAGAUGGAGGACGUGUACCAGGCGCUGGUGGCCCACGGUCAGGCCCUUGACAGUAGCCGGGGAGGCCUGGGGGCCACUCCCGAAGACCUGGACCGCCUGGUGGCCUGCUCGCGGGCUGUGCCCGAGGAUGUCAAGCAGCUGGCCUCCUUCUUGCAUGGCAACGCCUCGCUGCUCUUCAGACGGACCAAAGCCUCUGUCCCAGGGCCUGAGGGGGGUGGCCCCCUGCACCCCAACCCCACCGACAAGGCCAGCAGCAUCCAGUCCCGGCCCCUGCCCUCACCCCCCAGGUUCACCUCCCAGGACUCGCCUGAUGGGCAGUACGAGAACAGUGAGGGGGGCUGGAUGGAGGAUUACGACUACGUCCACCUGCAGGGGAAGGAAGAGUUUGAGAAGACCCAGAAGGAGUUGCUGGAAAAGGGCAACAUAAUGCGGCAGGGGAAGGGCCAGCUGGAGCUGCAGCAGCUGAAGCAGUUUGAACGGCUGGAGCAGGAGGUGUCACGGCCCAUAGACCACGACCUGGCCAACUGGAUGCCAGCCCAGCCCCUGGCCCCGGGGCGGACGGGCGGCUUGGGGCCCUCGGACCGGCAACUGCUGCUCUUCUACCUGGAGCAGUGCGAGGCGAACCUGACCACGCUCACCAACGCGGUGGAUGCCUUCUUCACCGCCGUGGCCACCAACCAGCCCCCCAAAAUCUUCGUGGCACACAGCAAGUUUGUCAUCCUCAGCGCCCACAAGCUGGUAUUCAUCGGGGACACACUGUCACGGCAGGCGAAGGCGGCCGACGUCCGCAGCCAGGUGACCCACUACAGCAACCUGCUGUGUGACCUGCUGCGCGGCAUCGUGGCCACCACCAAGGCCGCUGCCCUCCAGUACCCGUCGCCUGCCGCCGCCCAGGACAUGGUGGACAGGGUCAAGGAGCUGGGCCACAGCACCCAGCAGUUCCGCCGGGUCCUGGGCCAGCUGGCAGCUGCCUGAGAGCCGUCAGCCAGAGGGACGGAGGGCAGGGGAGGAGGGUGGCGAUGGGCCCCAGAGAGCCACCGUGCCACGGGCGUGGGGACAGGCGACCCCAGCUCCACCCGGGCCUGGUGCCCCAGACUGUACAGGGAUUUGUGUAUAUUUAUGGCAGGGCAGGAUGUGGGACGGUGCCUCCUCAAAGGAGCCCGAGCAGAGCUGGGCCUCGGAGCCCAGGCCAGGAGUGGCUGGCCGUCUUUCCUGAGCGUGCUGAGGGCCCAGGAGGGCCCAACAUUUGGGGCCGGGCUGGGGGCUCGCAGACCGCUUGACCCACGUAGCCUCAGGUGACCCCUCGGGCUGACCAGCCCCAUGAGGGUGCCGUGUCCCCCUGGCAGGGCAAGCGUGGCUGUGGUGUAUUCUCUCUGCACCAGGAGAAAACCCUAAAAAACUAUUUUUCAUUAUUGAUUUUCCAAUCAUUUGACUAAUAGUCUACAUUUAAAUAAAAUUUAAAAAAUGAAAAGCAUUCUCCUGAGGUGUGAGAGGCAAGAGGACCUGUGAGUGGGAGGGCAGGUGUUUGCCACUCUGGAUGCCACAGGUGGAGUCACAGGUUGAAGAGAUCUGUGGUGAGGCUGUGGGCAGCGCCUCGGGAGGGUGAGGAGAAGGUGGGUCCCUUCAGAAGAAAACGAAGGCUUGGGGAAGCGGGGCUGGGCCAGGAGCUGAGGUGGGGGAGCCUGGGCAGCUGGAGGGAGGCUGAAGAGCAGCCGUCAGAAUCCAGGGCUUGAGGCCAGAAAGGCUCAGCGUGAGCGCAGUGGCCAAGGGCGCAGCCGCUGCUGAGGUUUGAUGAAAAUCCAGCAUGGUCCCUGGGCAGGCGGCCGAGGCGAAGGCAGAUGCAGGGUGAUGUGCGGGUGGGAGCAGCUCCAGGAGCUGCUCCAGGGCCCCUGCAUCCCAAGGCAGAGAGCGCCCCGCUAGGGGCACCGCUGGGAGAUACACUAUUCCACGGAGAGAAACUUGCUUUCACAGGCCUUAUCCAGAACUUAGCUCUUAGAAAGCAGCUCUUAACUUCAGCUUGUGGAACUUCUCCACAAGUGUCCCCUUUGAAUUACACAUGGACUUGGACUCCCAGUUGGGAGGUAGGAGACAAGAGGGUCCCUCACCCUGGGUCAGGGGCCCCCUUCCCGGAAGUCUGGGGUAUGUCUGGCAGCCCAAGUAAAGUGAGAGCUCUGGGGACCAGUGGUCCUGCUCCCAGCUGUCGCCAUUCUGCGUGUGAACUUGAGUCUCAUUUCCCUCGUCUCUGUGAAGAAGGGAGUAGGGCUGGGUAUCUGCCAGCUCGCUCAGCUCUGAGCUCCAGAGGGGACCUCAGUGAAGGCAGCCAUCCUCCCGCCCCGGCGAAGGCACAGAAGUGAAGAUGCAAGCAGUUUUAUUUGGGUUUUACACACAUGGGGGCUGGGGCAGGGCAGAGGCUCAGUUGGCCUCUAGAACUCCAAGAACCCAGGGAAUAAACUUGGUGACCCGGGUGUACACGCCUGGUGAGAACGGGCCACACCGGCCGCUGCCCCAGGACACGAUGCCCACCAGGGUCCAGGCUCCAUCCUUCUGGCAGACCAGGGGGCCACCAGAGUCACCCUGCAGGAGGAGAUAGGACUUGUGUUCAAGCCUGAAAGGGAGUACCAGGGCCCUGGUGUGCCCAGACCUGGCAAGUCCAGGGGGUGCAGACAAAGCACAAGUGGGGACCCAGUGGUUGUGCACAAGAGACUCAGAUCUGCUCAAAUGGCAGCCCCAGCUCGGCCACCUACUCCUGGAGGGCCUGGGGCAGGUAGCUUAUCCUCUCAGCCUCCCCAUCAUCUGUAAAAUAGGCUGAAGUGUCCAGCUCGUGGGGUUGGUGUGAGAUUAAAUACUCCUGGGAAGCCCCACACCACACCUGGCCAGAGCCGGCCCUCACCAGGGGCAUCUGAUAGGGCUGGUCCAGCCCUUCACUGGGGCACUGGGCAGGGCACGAAGUUAGACAGGUCAUGGCAGAGAGGAGUGGGCCUCCUGGCCUGGCCAGGGGAGGCACGGUCAGUGAGGGCGGGCAGGGUGGCGGAGCCAGGCCGUACCAUGCAGGAGGAGAUGCCGCUGGCGCCCGCACAGAUCAUCAUGUCGGUGACCUUGCUGCCCCAGUACUUCCUGCAGUCGGCGUUGGACACGAUGGGCAGGGUCGCCUGCUGCAGCUUGUCGGGGGUCUCGAGAGCUGCAAGGACAGAGGGCAUGGGGUCAGGGCCCCUCAUCCCACCAGCCCGCCCCUGGGGAGAAGAGACGAGGGGCUGCCUGAGCCCUGCCCUCCCCCUGCACGGUGCUCGUCUUCCUCCGUCACAAUGAUCGUGGACACCGAGCUUCGAGCCUUCCCUGACACCUUCAAAGAGUCUGGGACGCGGCUCCUCUGCGAUUCCACACCAGACAGCGGGGACUGUGCUUCCAGCAGUUGUUGCAACAAGUCCUGCCUCGGAGCCCCGUGUGCUCUGGGCCCUGCCGGCCACUGUGUGUGGGCGGAGGGGCCGGCCUUCCUCCCCAGGGAAGGGGAUGGACGUCCUUCUGACUGGGGACACUGGAGGGGACCCCCGAGGGAGCACUUCCCUCCUGCUGCCCUUUCCCGGCUGCUUCUGUCCUGUUACGGGACCAGCCGGUGGGCCGUGGCCGGGGCAGAAGAACUCAGGACGCCGAGGAAGAACCUGUGGAGGGGGGGCACCUGGGCGCUCAGGCCCGAACCCGACCAGGACAUUGGACUCCGGGCCCAGACUUCAGGGGCGCUGGACGCACCCGCCCUCCUCAGUCUGGAGGGAAAUCCAGGCUGUCCAUCUCCUUGCAGGUUAGAGGGGGCGAGACUUGCUGGUACUUAGGUGUUUCUUCAGAAACUGUUUACGUAUAUAUUAUUAACCCUCAUUUUUAUUCAUGUUUGGUAGGGUUUUCAUUAAGAGGGUUUUAAGUAAAGAAAUGGAAGAUUUAUUGACUGUU